AUGGAGGGCACAAGUGAUUUGGCGUCGGUCAACAUAGACCUGAACAACUUUCCUUACUGCCCCUUGGAUGGAAACGGCGUGAGGACAGCCUACGGUGACACGCUGUCUGUGCAUCCUAUGCACGACAUCGACUGCAAGAACCUUCUGAAGGAGGAGAUGGCGAAGUUUGAGCGUUUGCAGAAGACGUUAGGCUACCAGGCCGCGCUCAAGAACUCCAUCGAGCUGAACACGUGCUCGAAAUCCACACGUCUCCCUGGCAUGAAGAGCAGCAUGCUGUCUGUAGAGAUAUUGAUGGACAAGCUGGAUUCGCUCGAGUCAUACGAGUACUUGAACGUCGAGAAGCCUCGCCAUGAAUUUGGUAUAGGGGGGCUGCAUUCGCUGCUGGAAACCAAAUUCAACGUCUGA